GCUGUGGAUACGAAUCCUUUAUCUGUGUAUAUUAUGCAGCCUAUCUGGAAUAAAAUUAUUGAGAUAGUGCCUUUGUGGAUUGCUCCCAACCUGUUAACCUUCUCUGGAUUUGUCAUUAUUUUAAUUAAUUACUUUCUAAUAGCUUUUUAUGACUGGGAUUACACUGCCUCAGGUACCAGUCCUGGACUUGUUCCCACCUGGGUGUGGCUGUUCAGUGCUUUUACCACCUUUUGUGCUUAUGCUUUAGACUCCAUAGAUGGGAAACAUGCUCGAAGAACUCAGUCCAGUACUCCUCUGGGAGAAUUAUUUGACCAUGGGCUGGAUAGCUGGGCUACCUCAAUUUUUGUGCUUUCUUUUUUUUCUGUCUGUUCCCGUGACAAUGGGAAGACUGGAGUUUCUGUAUAUACAAUGUAUAUAUAUUUAAGCAUCGUCUUGUUUAACUUUAUGUGUUCACACUGGGAGAAAUAUAACACAGGAGUUCUUUUUCUUCCUUGGGGAUACGAUAUAAGCCAAGUGGUAUUAAUUGCAGCAUAUCUUCUCACUGGUGCUGUUGGUGUGGAAGUCUGGCAGAAGCCUUUCCUGUUUGGUUAUUACAUCACAGAUAUAUUAGUAAUCUUGCUUAUAGGCUUCAGUUUAUUUCUUUCAUUUCCACAAACACUAUACAACAUUCACAGGGCAUAUUUAAAUAAAACACUGAAGAAUGAUUCAUUGUAUGAAGGACUCCUACCUCUUGUGUCACCUCUGUUGCUGUUCAUUCUUCUUACAGUCUGGGUGGUUUUAUCUCCAGGCAACAUAUUAGCAAAGCAACCAAGAUUGUUUUUAUGGAUGGUCGGAGUUGCUUUCUCGAACGUUAUUUGCAAGGUGAUCAUCUGCCAGAUGAGCAGCACCCAGCCGGAGCUUUUCCACUGGUUCCUCUUCCCGCUGGCCCUGGUGGUCUACGCAGCCAUCUCUGGGCUGCUGGGCUGGACAGAAGAAGUGGUGCUCGUCCUCUUCACCGGGCUGGUCACGGCUGCCCAUGUGCACUACGGGGUCUGCGUGGGGAGGCAGCUGAGCGAGCACUUGAACAUUUACAUCUUUUCUCUGAAGAAACGUGUCCAAGAGUGAACACCUGCAC